AUGGCUAAGCAGGAUGAAGAAUCUCGAGAAUCCCAAGAUCCUCUGCUCUCUGAGGAGUUCGCUGAGCUCAAAGGCGACAUAAACACUCCUCGUCGAGCUUUCACAACAACCAAAUGCUUACUUAUCUUCGGGAUAAUGACGAUACUACUUUUCGCAUCCAUUCUUUCAGUCUUCUCUUACACGCGAACACCAGCAGAAGCUAUUAAAAAUGGCUGUCAUUUCGAACCCAUGCUCAGCUCUUGGGUGCCCGAAGCCUGCUACUUCAACGACGAAGGUGACUACGACGUCUUCGACGAUCUCCCCUGGUACUCCGAUCCUUUCCUCCGAGAACCCUUAAACACAACCGAGAUGAUAAAUGUGAGGGCCGGUCACUACGACCAUGUUUAUACGACCUGGGCGUACCACGAUGAACAUUGUCUUUACACAUGGAGAAAGCUAGCAAUGGCGAUGGAGAAGAGAUUGCCGAUGGUGGAUACGAAGACGGCAGAUGAGGAACAUUCGCAACAUUGUGCGAGGGUUACGAGGAACUAUGUGAGGGAGGAUGGGCAGGAGAAGAUUGCGGAUUUGAAAACUCUUGGCUUAAAGGUUACACUUACUUAUUUUGGGUGCGUCAAUUUAUUUUGA